GCGUGAUGAUUGGCUGAAAAUUACUUGUGAUUGGAUGACAGCUGCUUAUUCAUAUUCCUGGGUCGUACACGCUCGCUGUUCCGCAGUGGGAUACGAAUAUGGACACAGCAGGGAAAGUGAUCAAGUGCCGGGCUGCUGUGGCCUGGGAGGCAGGGAAGCCUUUGUCCAUCGAGGACGUGGAGGUGGCCCCACCUAAGGCCCACGAAGUCCGCAUCAAGCUGUUUGCGACGGGCGUGUGCCACACGGACGCCUACACUCUGAGCGGCGCCGACCCAGAGGGGCUCUUCCCGGUCAUCCUGGGCCAUGAAGGUGCCGGGACCGUGGAGAGCGUCGGAGAGGGGGUCACCAAGUUUAAGCCAGGGGACGUGGUCAUACCGCUGUAUGUGCCACAGUGUGGAGAAUGCAAGUUCUGUAAAAACCCCAAGACCAACCUCUGCCAGAAGAUUAGGGUGACCCAGGGUCAGGGUCUGAUGCCCGACAAGACGUCCAGGUUCACCUGCAAAGGCAAGCAGCUCUUCCACUUCAUGGGCACCAGCACCUUCUCCGAGUACACGGUGGUGGCAGACAUCUCCAUGGCCAAGGUGGACGAGAAGGCCCCCAUGGACAGGGUCUGCCUGCUGGGCUGUGGCAUCUCCACGGGUUACGGCGCUGCCCUCAACACCGCCAAGGUGGAGCCAGGCUCCACUUGUGCCGUGUUCGGCCUAGGCGCCGUGGGUCUGGCCGUCGUCAUGGGGUGCAAGUCGGCCGGGGCGGCCCGCAUCAUCGGCAUUGACAUCAACACGGAUAAGUUCGAGAAGGCCAAAGAAUUCGGAGUCACGGACUGUGUGAACCCCAAGGACCACAAGAAGCCCAUCCAGGAGGUUCUUGUGGAGAUGACCGACGGAGGGGUGGACUAUUCCUUUGAGUGCAUUGGCAAUGUUGGGAUUAUGAGAGCUGCUUUGGAAGCCUGUCACAAAGGCUGGGGUACCAGUGUCAUCAUCGGGGUGGCCGGUGCGGGACAGGAGAUAUCAACACGCCCCUUCCAGCUGGUCACGGGGCGUACUUGGAAGGGAACAGCGUUUGGAGGAUGGAAGAGUGUGGAAAGUGUUCCAAAGCUGGUGGACGAUUAUAUGGCCAAGAAGCUGAAGGUGGAUGAGUUUGUGACCCACACGUUGCCCUUUGAUCAGAUAAAUGAGGGCUUUGACCUCAUGCAUGCUGGUAAGAGCAUUCGGACUGUUCUGAAGUUCUGAAGCCCCUGCCGGUCUGUCGGUUCCCCCGCUGCCUGAAGACCUAGCUGUUCUCGGCUCCAUGCACUUCCCACAGCUUAAAGACCUGAUCUUGUUGGUAAUCAGCAGUUGCAUUAACGCUGAAAGCGUGUCUCCGCGUACUAGGAUAAUUAAAACCGUUUGAAAUUAGA